AUGGAAUCCGUCCGUGUUCUCCUCGCCCUGGCGGCUCAGGAUGGAUGGCGCGUGCACCACAUGGACGUGAAGUCCGCUUUCCUCAACGGCGACCUCAAGGAGGUGUACGUGCGGCAGCCAUCAGGCUUUGCCGUUCCCGGAGAAGAAGGCAAGGUGUACCGCCUGCGCAAGGCGCUGUACGGGCUCAGGCAGGCGCCGCGGGCCUGGAACGCGAAGCUGGAUGCGACGCUCAAGGAGAUGGGCUUCCAGCAGAGCGUGCACGAGGCGGCGAUGUACCGGCGGGGCAGUAGGCGCUCUGUCCUGCUGGUUGGGGUCUACGUCGACGACCUCGUCAUUGCCGGCGCUGAUGCGGAGGAGGUGGAGGAGUUCAUGGCGGCCAUGAAGCAGAGAUUCGACAUGAGCGAUCUCGGGCUCCUGAGCUUCUACCUCGGCAUCGAGGUGCGCCAAAGCGCCAGCGGCAUCUCUCUGUCCCAGGCACACUACGCCAAGAGGAUCCUCGAGCUCGGCGACAUGGUGGGCUGCAACUCCGUCCACACGCCCAUGGAGGAGAAGCUCAAGCUCAGUCGCGAGAGCGAGGCUGAGGAGGUCGACGUCACACACUACCGGCGGCUGGUGGGGAGUCUCCGGUACCUAGUGCACACCCGGCCGGACCUUGCGUUCGCGGUCGGGUACAUGAGCCGGUUCAUGGAGCGGCCUACGGCGGAGCACUUGCAGGCCGUCAAACGCAUCCUUCGCUACGUGGCUGGGACGCUGGACUACGGUCUGGUCUACAAGCGCAUCCCCGGCACGGCGAGCUUCGUCGCUACUGCGACAAAGGUGGUGGCGCUUUCGAGCUGCGAGGCAGAGUACAUCGCCGCCGCUUCUGCAGCAACUCAAGCAUUGUGGCUGUCCAGGCUGCUCGGGGAGCUGCUGGGCAGUAAGGUGGAUGUGGUGGAGCUCAAGGUGGACAACAAGUCUGCCCUUGCGCUGGCCAAGAACCCCGUCUUCCAUGGCAGGAGCAAGCACAUCAGGAUCAAGUACCACUUCAUCAAGGAUUGCCUGGAGGAUGGGAGCAUCAAGGCUAUUCCUAGUCACUCAACAAGGCGGGCUAUAUUUGACCACUAUGUUCGCACACGUGCUGAAGAGGAGCGGAAGGAGAAAAGAGCUGCCCAGAAGGCUGCAGUAGAGGCGUAUAAAGAAUUACUGGAAGAAGCAUCCGAGGACAUCAACGAGAAAACAGCCUAUCCGGAUUUCAAAAGAAAAUGGGGUGCUGAUUCUCGGUUUGAAGCCUUGGACCGAAAGGAAAGGGAGGCUCUUUUUAAUGAGAAGGUGAAGGCUAUUCAAGAAAAAGUCCAAUCAAUGCGCAAAGCUGUCAUUGCUGACUUCAAAUCAAUGCUUCGAGAAAGUAAAGAUAUAACUUCAGCUAGCCGAUGGACAAAAGUGAAAGAAAAUUUCCGGAGUGAUCCAAGGUACAAAGCCACAAAGCAUGAAGAGAGGGAAACUAUAUUUAACGAAUACAUAGCGGAACUAAAAUCUGCUGAACAGGAAGUAGAACAAGCUGCCAAGGCCAAAGUGGAUGAGCAAGCCAAAUUAAAGGAGAGGGAACGUGAAACACGCAAAAGGAAAGAAAGGGAGGAACAGGAAAUGGAGAGAGUAAAAAUGAAGAUCCGAAGAAAAGAGGCUGUGUCAUCAUACCAAGCUUUGCUUGUUGAAAUGAUUAAGGAUCCCAAGGUAUCAUGGACAGAAUCCAAACCGAAGCUUGAAAAGGAUCCGCAAGGUCGCGCUCUAAAUCCAGACUUAGGCCAAGGCGAUGCAGAAAAGUUAUUUCGUGACCAUGUCAAGGACCUAUAUGAGCGGUGUGUACGUGAUUUCCGGGCACUUCUAUCUGAGGUUAUCACUCCAGAGGUAGCAGCACGGCCAACAGACGAGGGGAAGACUGCAAUCAACUCUUGGAGUGAAGCAAAAUGUCUUCUAAGAUCUGAUCCAAGGUACAACAAACUGGCGAGUAAAGACAGAGAGUCUAUUUGGCGGCGCUAUGCUGAUGACUUGACGAGGAAACUCAAACAAUCAGACAUGAAGGAGAAGGAUAAAUCGGAUACAGAUGGGAAGCCACGAAGGUCAUCUGACACGAAGCAGGAGAAAUCAGAUACUGAUGGGAAGCAACGUAGGUCCUCUGAUCCACCUAGGCGCAGUGCCUGCGCCUGGAGUAUCUUGGUUCCUGGAUCUGUAGACAAGAUCAGCAAUCUCUGUUGCGGGCGUGAUCUUGGCGCAAUGUGGAUGGAUGGUGGAAGUUGCUCAAAGCUUAUGCAAGUGGUGUCGUGGGCAAGGACAUCGUUAUUGCUACUUAUUACUUUCUAAUUUUCCGCUGCAUUUUACCUCUGACUAUAGGAAAACUUGAUAGGAUAUCCACCUAAUUUUAGAAUAGAUCUUAGUUUGUAAAGAAAGUUUAAUGGCUGAAAACACUUAUGUAUAGUUGCUCAUGUUAUAGUUAAAUUCAUGAGUUUUGUAAA